AUACUGUGAUGGAUCUGUGAAUUGUUUGUUUGUAAGAAAAACUUGUUAGAAAGUAUUAACGAGCAAAUAAAAAAGAAUUAAAUAACAAUAUCAGAUAAAAGCAAUAUAUCUAUAAAAUCAAUUUAAAAAGAAACAUCAGUCAUUGGACAUUAUUCAUCUAAGUGGUUAGCCUUGAAGUAGAUGUCAUCUAUUAUCUUAAAUGAGUGUUGUUUAUUUUACAUUUUAGUGAUAUUAGUUGUCAAUUCACGAUUAUAUGGCUUUGAUAUUUGACUUAUGUUUCACAACAUUUGGGAAGAGGCAUGUUUUAUCCACGCAUUCGGGAAAAAGGUGCAGGCUUAAUAGUUCUCAGUUGGACUUGCCUGGCUGUGCUGUGCGCCGCGUCCACAGCACCCUGCGACAAAACCCGCAGGGUCUUCACACAGCCCAGCGGCAUCAUCACCGAUGGACCAAGCAACUCUAAUUAUACACAAGAUUCCCAUUGUGAAUGGCUGAUCAAAGCUUCAAAUAAAACUCAAUAUAUAACUUUGAGUUUUAUUCGCAUGGGUACAGAAUGUUCCUAUGAUUAUGUAUUUGUUUAUGAUGGUGAUUCCUUUGAUGCUCCACUACUUGGAAGUUUCAGUGGAAAAACUGAACCACAAAAUGUUACGGCUUCUAGUGGUUAUAUGUUAAUACUUCUCUAUAGUGAUACAAAUUAUGUACUAGAUGGAUUUCGGGCCACAUAUGCUAUACACAAUUGUCCGAACAACUGCACAGGUCAGGGCGAGUGUGUCUCUAAUAAGUGUUUCUGUGAAGGAAAAUGGGGUGGACCUGAUUGCAGUGUUAGAUUAUGUCCUAAUGAAUGCUCAAAUAAUGGACAAUGUAAAGGAGAUAGAUGCAUUUGUAAGAAAGGAUAUUCAGGGGAUUCAUGCUCUUUAAAAAGUACAGACAAAGAGGGCAACAGCUGGCAUUGGCUCUCUCGUACAGAGAGUGGUAUGACUAGGAGAGCGGCCCACUCUGCUGUUUAUGUCAAUCAUACUGACUCUCUAUAUGUAUUUGGAGGAUAUGAUCUAAAUAAAGUUCUAGGUUUAUUGGAGGUUUAUAGUUUUUCUACUAGUCAAUGGUAUGAUGAAAAUGGAAAAGUUGUGCGAAGAUAUCCCACAAAUGAAGAAAUUGACAAGACAUUAUUGACUCUGUUCAAGAAGGGCAUUCUUAAUGAUAGUUGGCACAUAGGUAAUGGAAGCUCGUUAUUUACAUUAAUUCUGUCAUCCUUUUCUAACAAUGACAAAACCACAUUUCCUGGUAUGCAUACUCAUUCACCUACACCAUAUUCAGAGAGUUAUCUACAUUUUACUGAUAGACCAGAAAUGUUUAGUUCAAUGAAAUCAAAUUAUACAAAACCUGAGCCAAGAUAUGGUCACUCUGCCUGUGCAUUUGGAACGGGUUUUGUGCUUUAUGGAGGAAAACUAUCUGAUGGAAGUCUCUCUUCGGAGUUGUGGUUUUUUAAUGCAAUAACAAAUAGGUGGACUUUGCGGGCAGUCAAUUCAACAUUCACUCCACCUGGACUUACACGACAUACUCUGACUGCUGUCAAAGAUGAGUUAUACCUUUUUGGAGGGAGUACAGUGGAAGGGGAAUUUUCUUCAAGUAUGUAUAAAAUAAAAUUAGGAGAUGUGAAUACAGAAUUUUGGGAAAAAGUUCAAGUCAGGGGUGGAAAGGAGUUGGAUGUUCGUGUUGUAGCACAUACAGCUGUUUAUCACCCACAUUCUAACUCAAUUUUAGUAUACGGAGGUGUUGUUGCUAGCGUUGCAAGAUUUUCAAAAUUGUCAGAUAGAAUGUUUGCGUUUGAUAUAGACUAUAGGCAUUGGAGUGAAAUACAUUACCCAAGAGCACAUUUAAGAGAUACAUAUGUCCCACGAGAAAGAGCAUUUCACACUUCUACUAUUAUUGGAAACUAUCUGGUUGUUUUCGGUGGCUACUCCCAUAGACAUAACAGAGAGGAAAUAUGUUACGAUGGCCAAAUGUAUCUGUAUCAUCUCGGGUGCCAUUCAUGGAUUCCUUUGGAUGUGUUGGGGAAAACACCGAAAUUUUAUCCAAAAAAACAGGGAGUGUUCGCUCAUGCAGCUGCUUUGAAACCCCCGUCUACCUUGCUAAUAGCCGGAGGAUAUCACGGCAAUGUCAACGGAGAUCUACUUGCAUAUGUUGUCCCUAGUUGGCAGGCAGGAAUUACUAAUAAUAAUCCUGAGUCAGCGUGUCCGCGACAUCAGACACAACCGGAAUGUCUUGCAGAUCCUGAAUGUGGCUGGUGUUCUGCUGACGACAUAUGCUACGGAAGAACAAUUGGUUCAAAUUGCACAACAAAUUUGCAAUCAAUACGGUGUGGAGGCAUCUGCCCUGCUCUAGGCGAUUGUCACUCUUGUCUCAUCCAUGGACCACCACUAGGGGAGAAUAGUACACGAACUGCAUUGCCCUCUGUGAGCACCAAAUUAGGUUUAUUCAAAUGCAGUUGGUGUGUUCAGAAUGCUCGCUGUCAUCAUAAGAAUGAUAAUUAUGGCGUCUGUGGUGAAGACACCCCUUCGGAAAAUCCAGGUUGGUGGGGUACGACGGGCACCGAAGUAACAAUUCCAGAAGAAUGUAAAGUUUUAGAUAAACGUCCUGGUCUUACGUUUUUGAGAUACCAGCAGCCCGCUGACUGGAGUCACCCAGACGCUGUAUCAGUAGUAAACGCAACCACAGUUGAUUGGGGAACAGGAGGAGGAAGCAAUCAUAUAUUUAGUGGCUCAAGUGAAGCCAGAUUAAGAGGUUGGCUGCAUAUACCGCAAUACUGGAAUGGAACAGGAGAAACAUUGCAUAUAUGUGCGGGUUACUCGAAUAUAUCAUUGAAAUUAGGAGAUAAUAGCGGCUCGGCAGCUAACUUAACAGCACAGCCAUCAGCGUGUUCUCUAGUCGAUUGGCCGACCUUGUUUCCGGGGCGACUCUCAGUUGAUAUGCAUGCUAAUGAUUCACUGCACACAGGCUUAUAUCCGUCUCACCAUCAUGCCAAAAUGGAAUUGCUUCAUAAUAAAUCACAAGAAAAUGCAAAGGUAUUCACAUUUGAAUUCUUGGAACCCUACUCGGACGGACAGUGUUCGAACUAUGGUAACUGCUUACUGUGUCUGUCGGAUGCAGCAUGUGGGUGGUGCGAAUUGACGAAUCGCUGUGAGCUGAGGAAUACUGACGAAACAGUCGUGUGCGCUGCCGACGGUGAAUGGAGGUACCUUACCCUUCAACCUGCUGCCUGUCCUAAUUGUUCCAACUAUAUAAGCUGCGAGCGUUGCGUAGCCGGUAAUUACUGUGAGUGGUGGGCGGACGAGGCACGCUGUGCACGUCGUGGCCGCGCCGGUGGUGCUAUACUCGACAGCAGUGAAUGUCCGGCACCCUGCCGGCUGCGGCUGGAUUGUGAGCAUUGCCUUGACGAGCGUGGCCGCUGUGUUUGGUGCGAAGCUACGCGCCAGUGUUUUAGUUUUAGUGUUUACACCAGCGAGUAUCAGUUCGGACUGUGUCGCGAAUGGCUCGACCGGGCGUCCACUCCGGCCGAUGAUGCUGCUCGGAAAUCUGGACAAUGUAAAUCAUGCCAGGGUCAUACACAGUGUUCUACAUGUCUACGAAGCAUGGGCUGCGGUUGGUGCCACUCUCACGAGAACCCGAUUAAUGGAAUGUGUACUGAAGGAGAUUUUACGAGAGCUCAUGUAGAUUGUGCUUCUCUUUUAAAUGUUACGUCGGCUGAUGCAGGAUGGGCUUAUGCACAAUGUCCUGACGUCGAUGAGUGUGGACUUGGCCUUCACGAUUGUCACGAGCAUGCAGUGUGUAACAACACUCAUGGAUCAUAUACAUGUAAAUGUAAACAGGGUUACAUAGGUGAUGGUAAAAAAAGUUGUAUGCGGACUUGUUAUAACAAUUGCAUACAUGGAUAUUGUCUUGGACCUCCACAGUACAAAUGCUAUUGUGAUCUAGGAUGGACUGGGGCGGAUUGUUCUAUAAAUUGUGGUUGUCACAAUCACUCUACAUGUCGAACGGGUGUUGGGCGUUGUGACGAAUGCCAGGAUUGGACUGAGGGAGAGUUUUGUGAAACAUGCAAACCUGGCAGCCAUGGGAAUGCUACUACUGGACAGGGAUGUCGACGUUGUGAUUGUAAUGACCAUGGUGAUGAAACAAAGGGCAUUUGUGAUGUGACAACAGGCGAAUGUAUUUGUAAAGAUAACACAGAGGGGCAGAAUUGUGAACGAUGUAAGUCCAAAUUUUAUGGUGAUCCUCGGCAUGGUGGCAGAUGUUACUAUCAGUGUGAACCUAGAGGGAUGUUAAAUGCUUCUGAUACAGAAGGCAUUGGUUCCUACAAGACAGAUCCAGACAUUAAAACAGUAGGGCCCUCCAAGGAAUGCCUUUGGAUUAUAUCUGCUGAAGACAUUAAAGAUGCUAUUAUUCAGUUCACGAUAAACUCGUCUACUUUUGAUGUGCCAUGUGAUGAGAAUGCAGUGUAUGUGUACGAUGGACUUGGAGGUGUCCCAGAUAUGAGCAAUAAUCAGCAAAGUCAAUUACUAGGUGUUUUUUGCAAUGGAGCAUCUUCGGGGGUUGUAGAAGCAAGAAGUGGAAAUCUAACUGUCCAUUACAAACAAGGCCAACCAGAACAAGGUUUCGAAGGUGUAUAUAAAGUAUUAGCAUGUGACGGAUACUGUUCUUGGCCUAGAGUUUGCAAUAAAAGGCAUUGUGUAUGUAGAGAAGGCUAUGGAGGAACAGAUUGUGAAGUUGAGAUUUGCAGAAAUAAUUGUAGUGUUGCAAUUAAUGCAGGUAUAUGCGACACAAGUUAUGGCCGAUGUCUUUGCAAUGACGGUUAUGGGGGAGCUGAUUGCUCUGUUAAACUAGAUAAAACACAACUAGUCUUUACGGAGCUUUUUAACUCUGAAUAUUUAUCUGAAGGCCUAGAUCAUCUUCGGAAAACAUUGCCUAGAUUUGGUCACAGUUUAGUUGCCGAUAGACGAGGAUUAUGGAUGUUCGGAGGUUAUUCUCUUUCACAUGGUCCAUUGAAUGAUAUAAGGUUUUUCGAUACCAAAAAUAAUACUUGGAUGCAAGUUACAGUAGAAGCUACUCCAGAUGCUAAAAUGCCUGAAGGUCGAUAUUUUCAUGCUGCUGAAAUCUAUCAUUCAAAACAAAAUAUUUAUAUUUUCGGUGGUCUCAGUUUGCAAGACAAAAGCGUUCAAAAUAAAACACUAGGCGAUUUCUGGCAAUUCAGUUUAAAAGAUCAAAGAUGGGGUAAUAUUAAAAGUAAAGACGAUCAACCACCACCUCUUGCUGGUCACACAUUAACAUUACAAAAAUAUCAAGACUAUGAAAGCUUGGUUUUAAUCGGAGGGUUUUCAUUAGAGCAAGGGUUUAUGGCCGAUAUGUGGGAAUUCGAUCUUGAUAACGACAAGUGGAUAAAAUUAAAUUGCGAAGGUGCUAAGCCGGCGGGAAUAAUCGGGCACAGUACUGUAUAUCAUGCUCCCUCACAAAGUUUGUAUGUAUAUGGAGGCAUACUAUAUGCAUAUAAUGGUACAAUGAUGUCCAAUAAAUUGUUUUCUUUUCAUUAUCCUACAAAGAAAUGGAGUGAGUUGCCGACAUUUCCUAAUCUAAAUCAUUUCCACGAUAACUUACCACAAGCCACAUAUUUACAUUCAGCAGUGACCACAAAUGAAUAUAUGAUUGUAUUUGGAGGCAGAACUUAUCCCGAUCAUAGAACUGAUACUCUUAUUGCUUACGUGUACAGCUGUAACCAAUGGGUUAGACUUGUUAAAGGAGUGAGCAUAGUAGGACAUCCACCACCGCCGACAAUAGCGCAUGCAAUGGCUAUCGAUAUUGAAUCAGAGAAUGAAGGUUAUAUUUAUAUAAUAGGUGGGUGGACGGGAAGCGCAGAUUGUCAGGUUACACGCAUAUCUCUGCCAGACGAUUUAUGCUCUUUAUGGAGUGCCAGCAAAAUGGAAUGUCGUAGUCAUAUGGGCUGCAGUUUUUGUAGUACUGGGAAUUAUACAAAAUGCUAUUCUGUGGAUAAACCUGGCUGUGAAGGAAGCGAUCGGGUAUCCACCAACUCUGGUUCAUCCUGCGAUGCAGAAUUAGUUUCACGACGAGCAUGCGAAAACUUUACCACUUGUACGUCUUGUUUGGCUGCUUGGCCUUUAUACCCAGAAGAAAAGCCAGCUUGCCGUUGGUGUGAAUCCUGUGCUGCUGCUGUUGGCGAAUGUGUACCAACUGAUGAAUCAUGUACAAGCAUCAAGUGUAAUGCUGGUACAACAUACAUUAGUGACGUCGAUCAAUGUCCAGAACUGAGAUGUGUGGCGUCCGACUGCGAAAAAUGCGUGACUAAUCAAUGCACAUGGACUCGAUUAGCCAGUAGGGAAGGCCAACUGACCCAGAUAUCUGAGGAUCCCCUGGAGCCGUUCAAUUGGACGUGUGCGUCUAUCGAAGAGGCCGGGCGAGCGAGCCUGAGGCCAAUGGCACGGGAAGAGUGUCCGAGCCGGUGUCAUACGUAUGUGGACUGUCAGUCAUGUCUGAGCGCGGACGGGGCAGAGGGCGGCUUCUCCGAGUGUCACUGGGCUACAUACCUAGGCAAGUGUAUAUCGCCGGCGCAUCAGCCCGUGUACUGCGCGGGUGGCGUAUGCGGCCUGGUGCUCACGAAGGCCGACAAGAACAAGUGCCCGGCGCCGUGCGGCACGUUCGAGCAGUGCAGCGAGUGCCUGCACCACUCUCACUGUGGCUGGUGUGCGCUUGCCGGCGCCAACGGGGAGGGAGUGUGCACAGAGGGUUCGGUCGAGUCACCGCUUGACUACUCAACGAAGACCACGUGCGCCGCUGUUUACGACGCCGCGCACCGCCCGCGCGAUCUCAAUGAUUCGUUCUCGUGGCACUACACGCGUUGCCCUCCAGAGAACGAGUGUGAAAACAACCAUCAUCAGUGUAAAGCAGACUCUGAGGUGUGUCGCGACCUGCCCGAGGGCUACGAGUGCGCGUGCGGCGCGGGUCACCGGCGCGCCGCGGGCGGCGGCUGCGCGGCCGUGUGCGCGCAAGGCUGCGUGCGCGGCGCAUGCGUCCAGCCUGACGUGUGCCGCUGCGACUUCGGCUACGUCGGCGCCAACUGCACCAUCCAGUGCCAGUGCAACGGCCACUCGCACUGCGAGGGGCCCGACAAGCUCGACAAGUGCAUCCAGUGUCACAACAACACCAUGGGUGAGCAGUGCGAGAAGUGCCAGCCGAACUUCGUGGGCGACCCGACCAACAACGGGCAGUGCGUGCCGUGCUCGACGUUCUGUCACGGACACACGUCGGUGUGCACGAGCGAGCCGGCGGAAGGCACGAGCGCGGGCGCGGCGGAAGGCGAGGAGUACUACCGCGAGCGCGACGGCGGGCCGCGCGCGCGCUGCCUGCGCUGCGCCAACCGUACCGACGGGCCGCGCUGCGAACGUUGCCUCGAGGGCUACUUCCGCGGCACCGAAGACUUCCGCGACCCCUGCCGCCCGUGUGAAUGCCACGGACACGGCGACACGUGCGAUCCGGUGACCGGCGAGAAGUGCAACUGUGGCAACAACACUGAAAGCGACAUCUCGUGUCAGACCGCCAGCUCCAGCAAGAACUCUGCGCAGGAAUGCUGGCGCUACCAGUGCGUCAAGUGCAAAGAUCUCUACAUGGGUGACCCGAGGAACGGUCACCAGUGCUACAAGACCAUCAAUAUAGAGAACAAAUUGUGUUUUGAUGGAAAAUCUAUAGAUGAAUGUAAAAUCAAACCUCGCCCUUUGUAUCCUGGUCAAACAGUAUUCGUAGCUGUGAAUCCAAGAUAUAUGAAUGUUGAUAUACGGGUCAUAGUGGACGUGACUCAAGGCGCUGUCGAUUUGUAUCUAAGCCCAAAUGACAGUUCAUUUGUUGUAUCCGUGAAUGCGAGCAACGGUGCCCACGCAGUGGAAUUGGAUUCAGCGUAUUACAAGCACGAACCGCUCCGCAAGGUGCCAUCUUUUGACGACCACGUGCCUGACCAGAAGUUAAUCACGUGGUGGUACGAUAAAGUAGAGUACACACUGGCUGAUUACAAAGCGAAGGAUCUUGCUACUUAUGUGACGGUCGACAGACGAAAUAUACUAUUGCGCGUGCGUAACUUGCGAAAUCGGCUCGUUCUGACUCUUCCAGAAAGUGUCCAUGAUUUAACACACACAAAGUUUUACAUUAUUAUCAAAGCGAGACACACUGACGAUGGCGCCGCAAGCUUUGGUGUCACGUUCUUCCGUCAAGAUCAACUGCACAUAGAUCUGUUCGUGUUCUUCUCGGUGUUUUUCUCUUGUUUCUUCUUAUUCCUCGCGGCGUGCGUGGUCGCGUGGAAAGCGAAACAGGCUGCCGACGUGAGGCGAGCUCGGCGGAGACAUGUUGUCGAGAUGCUGCACAUGGCGAAGCGUCCGUUCGCGGCGGUGACGGUGGUAGUGGGCGGCGCCGGUGCAAGCACGCGGUCGGCGCGACGCCGCGCGGCGGACUUGCGGCCAGUCGCCAUCGAACCCGCGGCUGACGGCCGCGCCGCUGUUACCACCGUGCUCGUCAGGCUGCCGGGCGGGGCGCGCGCGCCGGUGCGGCUGGCGCUGGCGUCGUCGCUGGUGCUGGUGUCGCGCGCGCCGCCGCCGCGCCCGCGCCCGCGGCCCUCGCGACACCUGCGGCACCCGCCCUCCGCGCGCAUCGCACUCAACACAUAGUGCCCACCAUCGGAUACUGUCCCCCCCCCGCGCCUCCCCCCGCGACCACUCACACGCUCAACUUCCCCCUUCAACCAUUGCAGUACCACCCGCGUUCCGCAUGCUUCACAUUGAACGCAUAGUUCCGUUUUGACCUCACACUCCACUCGCGUACACUGACACCCUGAUCCUUCCACUAUCCGCAUUCGAUACAGUUGACUACCACUCACUGCUGUCUAGCAAUUUGAGCUAUCCGUCCUCUCCAUGCUCUUCUUCCUCAUUGCUUAAUUACGCGGCUAUGGCCCUUCAUUCUCGAUUCCCGUCCAUCGGUAAUCUAAGCCAUGUAUGUACCUUCUUCUCGUGCAUGGUACUCAGCGCGUAGUCCGCUACCGCCUUCACCCCACGCCUCCGUCCGUUCCGUAACCUGAGCCACCCAUUCUCCGCCUUAUGCAUUCGACACUCUUGACUAUUGCUUUUCUCCCUCCACCCCACAUCCACAUCGAGCCACGCAUCGUGCUCUCGCCAUAAUUCGUACCUUACAAUACGUGCUGUAUUCUCAACUGCUAUAUUAUGGUAAUUAAAACAAAUAAUGUCAAUAAAAUAAUAAUUGAUUAUAUUCACUGAAUAUCUCUCGAUGCCACUGUAGUCAUUUACGUGAUUGCUUUGACUAUGUUAUUUUAAAUAAUAUUAUCCAAAAUAACUUAUUAAUUCAAUGACACAACCUAAUAACUGUUGAGGAAAUAUAAUAGUAAUAAAACAUGUAAUAUCUGUAAGCUCGAGCUGGUCUCGCCUCGUCUCCUCCUCUAACAUAAUAUAACCACAGAACCCGGUACGUAUAUAUUUGUACGUUAUUUGUUUAUGUAUAAGUGACAGCCAUGGAACACAACGUCUUUAUAUAUGUAUAUAAAGUGUCCGGGGUUUGAUAAUACUUAGAUCUGUUUUGUUAUUAAGUAAUGAUAAAGAAUUUAAUUGGUAUAUGAAACUGCCCUACCAUAAGCGUAUAAUUCUUAAAAUUAUCUGAAAAAACCUAAUAGACAAUAUACAUAAUAUUAGUUUUGUGGUGAAGGCAUCUUAGAAGUUGCCUAAAAGCAGCUCAUUUUAAUAUAAUCGUCAUAUUAUGUUACAGUUUCUAUUGAGAUUGGCUGUAUUAUUAUUACAUGGAAAAUAAUAUUAAUUUAAUUUUAAGCGAUGUAUGUAUUUUCUUUUUAUUUUUGUUUUGUAUAUUUUGAUGAAUUGGUCUCCAAUUAUACAAUGGAUGUUAAAAUUAUUAACUAAGUGAUAUUACUUUGCCAUUAAUGUAAUUUAUAUUGCAGGAAAUAUUUAAGGUAUUGUCUGCUAUAAUAUUAUUAUCGACUCAAAUGUAAUGAGCCAAAGGUAUCAAAAUUGUUGCGCCAACUGCGCGCGGGUUGUGAAUAGCCGGUAGUUGGUAUAUCUGUUAAUUAUUUCAAAAUUUUAUUAUGUAAAUGUUGAUAAAUUCUGUUAUAGGCCUGUUAUUAUUAAUUAAUUGUGCGUAAAUGAAUUAAACUAAAUAUUUAUUUACAUGUUAACACAUAAUUGAUUAAUAUGAACAUUAAUUAUUUUGCUUUUCACUGGAAGUUUUCAUCCUAUAGAUAUUCUGUUUUUAUAAUUUAUAAUUAUUAAUAAAAUGGUUUAAUUUCUUUAAAUGAUCUAAAAACAUUUGGUAGCACAUAUUUAAGACAAAAUCUUUUAUGAACACGAAAUUUCGUCUCAAAUAUGCUACUAGAUUUCUUUAUGAUACGUAAGCUAUUUAAACCUGUCACGACCGAUGCACCACAAGACUGUAAGGGAGCGGAAAUUGCCAGUUGUUACCGUCCAAACCGCUCCCAUAACCGCGGUAACGAUCGUGAUCGUACGAGAAAUUGGCACCUACUUGAAAUAAAAUUUCUUUGACAUUUA